CUCAGAAACGACUUGUCGUCUCCCUCCACGCACGAUUUAACGCAUCCAAACACUUGUGAGUAAGUGACUGUGUGAGGGAGAGAGAGGAGAGAGAGAGAGAGAGAUCCGUGACUCAUCAUACCUCUAGAAUCCAUCUUUCUCCUUUGCUAGAUUCUCAUCUCAGCCUUUACAAUCACACAUUUUCUCGUGUUCCUUAAUCGCUCCGCUGGCCAUGGCGGGUGGUGCGUCUUCAUGUUACGCAUCUCCAUUAUCCGAUUGGCUAGUGGCGGCGGCUUGCAUGUCCAGCGGCGGAGACCGACUCGCUCUAUCCGACAACACUUGUAGGACUAGCCGCCGGAGGAGGACACUGCUUACGAAAUGCUCCGCCUUUUCUUCUUCUUCUUCUUCACAUGGAUCCGCCGGUCUCGUGAGUUACAGUAACAGCAAUGCCUUGUCUUCCCUCUUCCUCGAAUCCAAUAACAUUUACUUCAAUCGAAAGCAGAGGAGAUUGAAUCAAGCAUCUACCUCUGGGCAAGUCACUCUAGAGAUGGAGAAGGAAGCAAUAAUUAACAAGAAGCCUCCUUUGGAGUCACGCCGCGUUGUUGUGACAGGAAUGGGAGUUGAAACACCAUUAGGUCAUGACCCACAUACCUUCUAUGACAACUUGCUACAAGGCAUCAGUGGUAUUAGCCAAAUUGAGAAUUUUGACUGUUCUGCAUUUCCUACUAGAAUCGCUGGGGAGAUUAAAACAUUUUCGACAGAAGGAUUGGUUGCUCCAAAACUCUCGAAAAGGAUGGACAAAUUCAUGCUCUAUCUUCUAACCGCUGGAAAGAAAGCCUUGGCUGAUGGUGGGGUAACUGAGGAUGUAAUGGCAGAGUUAGACAAAUCCAAAUGUGGUGUUUUGAUUGGCUCAGCAAUGGGAGGCAUGAAGGUCUUUUAUGAUGCCCUUGAAGCUUUGAAAAUCUCUUACAGGAAGAUGAAUCCUUUCUGUGUACCUUUUGCGACCACAAACAUGGGUUCUGCUAUGCUUGCCAUAGAUCUGGGAUGGAUGGGUCCAAACUACUCUAUUUCAACUGCUUGUGCCACUGGCAAUUUCUGUAUUCUCAGUGCAGCAAACCACAUUAUUAGAGGUGAAGCUGAUGUAAUGCUCUGUGGUGGCUCUGAUUCAGUUAUUAUACCUAUAGGGUUGGGAGGUUUUGUUGCCUGUCGGGCACUUUCAGAGAAGAAUGAUGAUCCCACCAAAGCUUCACGUCCUUGGGAUAGUAAUCGGGAUGGUUUCGUCAUGGGAGAGGGAGCUGGAGUUCUGCUUUUAGAAGAACUUGAGCAUGCCAAGAAAAGAGGAGCAACUAUCUACGCGGAGUUCCUUGGUGGUAGUUUCACUUCUGAUGCAUAUCAUAUAACCGAACCACGUCCUGAUGGUUCUGGUGUCAUUCUCUGUAUUGAGAAAGCAUUAGCUCAUGCCGGGAUUUCAAAGGAAGACAUAAAUUACAUAAAUGCUCAUGCUACAUCUACACCAGCUGGAGACCUUAAGGAGUACCAAGCCCUUGCUCACUGUUUUGGCCAAAAUCCUGAGCUAAGAAUAAACUCGACAAAAUCUAUGAUCGGACACUUGCUGGGAGCUUCUGGAGCCGUGGAGGCUGUUGCAACCAUUCAGGCAAUAAAGACAGGAUGGGUUCAUCCAAAUAUCAACCUGGAGAAUCCAGACAAAGCAGUGGAUACAAAGCUGCUGGUGGGUCUUAAGAAGGAAAGACUGGAUAUUAAAGCAGCAUUGUCAAAUUCUUUCGGGUUUGGUGGCCACAACUCUAGCAUCAUUUUUGCUCCUUACAAAUGAAAGGCGAAAAGUCCAAUGCUGUGUACUCCAACGUUAUCUGUGUAACUUGCUGUAAGUGUGUACAAGAGCUUCCCAUAUUUUUCGUAGUGUUAUGAUUCCGGAUUUAGAUUAGCUUUACAUAAAGAUUUUGAGCAAGGUUUCUUCAGGCGAUGAAAAAGAAGAUCUUAGGAUUGGGACAAAGAUUGCGCCAAAGAAGAAGUAUGGCUGGAGGAGAACGAGCAGAGGUAGCUGAGUUUGGGUUUGUCAUGAACAAACUACAAAUUGUUCUUUAUGUAUGAUACAUUAUAUUUGAUUAUAAUACUUAUGUCUCAUUUUGAUUUGUAAUAUUGGAAUCUUUGAGCCACGUUCUUUUUAUUUUAUUUUUUAUGAAAGCUUUUUUUUUUUUU